AACCACUUCCGCCCUUAAAACUUAAGAAAAAACCCUAACUAAAGUAAGCCCUUUGCUCUCUCUCUCUCUUCUUUAGUCAACCUUUAUAUGCGUAUAUAACUACGUAUACUUAUGCAUUGCUUUGUUUUCCCUUUUGUACAUUCAGAACAAUGGCGGACAAAGCUGUAACCAUAAGAACUAGGAAGUUCAUGACCAACAGGCUCCUCUCGAGGAAACAAUUCAUCAUCGAUGUUCUUCAUCCCGGGAGACCAAAUGUUUCAAAGGCUGAGUUGAAGGGAAAAUUGACCAGGAUGUACGAAGUAAAAGACCCGAAUUCCAUUUUUGUAUUCAAGUUCCGUACUCACUUUGGAGGAGGGAAAUCAACUGGAUUUGGGCUUAUUUAUGACUCAGUUGAGAACGCGAAGAAGUACGAGCCUAAGUACCGCUUGAUCAGGAACGGACUUGAUACCAAGGUUGAGAAGUCUAGAAAGCAGAUGAAGGAAAGGAAAAACAGGGCCAAGAAGAUCAGAGGUGUAAAGAAGACCAAGGCUGGAGAUGCUGCCAAGAAGAAGUGAGAUCCCAUAGGCAUGAGACCAGCCCCUUACUCAUUUACCUCACCUUUCUGUUGUUUGCCAUUGAGCUUCAUUUAGUGCUGAGCUCCUUUUCUUCUUUAUUGAGUAUCCAUUUGAGUUUUAUCCUCUGACUUUACCUGUUGCUAUGGAGAUCUAAUCCGAAAUGAAUUUUUGGGGUUGAAAAUCGAAAUCUAUUAUCAGUACCUUUCAUGUCAC